GCACGUUUGCAGAAAAAGGGGACAUUAUCACGUGACCUGAAGUCGGCCAUGUUGUUAGAACAGGAUUCAUUGUUAAUGGAAAACGUAUUUUAGGAGUGAGCUGUACAUUCACCUAACGAGUCACUGGAGGAUGAUGGAGGAAGAUGGGACCAAUGGAGAAAUUGACUAUAGCCCAAAGGAUAUCAAAGAUUCAGUCCUCCAGCCGACUCUAACACCCAAUGGUGACGUUAACCAUGAUCCAGUGGAGACCAAGGGUCCCUCCCUACAACAGAGUCUGGCAACCCGAAAAGUCAUCCAACUCAAGAUAGACAAUCCCUUCGUCAAAAACGGUGAUUUGGAGGAGGAUGCUGAUGAUCCAUUCUGUAUAAAACCAUCUGUAAACAACUGUAAAAAUGACACAAAGGAAGAAUCGUACAAAGGUGAAGACACUGAAGCACCCAUUGAAGAAGAUCCUUCUUCCUUGAAUAAAGACAGUGAGGCACCAAUUGAAAAUCCAUCUUCCGUGGAUGAGGUUGACAAUGUUAGCUCACCUGUUGUCAAUUCAAUGCUGAUGGAAUCUGAGAACCUGCUGAAUAAAACAAUUUCAUCAAAUGAAUCAAGUCUAGACUCCCUUGUUUCAAAGGAUAAGUUUCUGCCAAAUGAAAACAGUGACACAGAUGAAAAUGGAGGAGUUAAACUUGACCGAAGAGAAAAACAUUCCAAGUGUCGAUGA